UACUUCCAGUCCCUGCUGUCCCUCCUGCCUUCAGUCUGGACCUGCCUGGGGACCCUGGCAUUCAGCCUCACCAUGCAGAGGUCCCAGGAGGCCCCAGCCAAUUGCUCUCAGCUCCUCAACUAUCUGCCUACCUCCAGUGGCUUAUGGGGCACUGUCCUGCCCAGUUCUGCUAAGAUGCUCCUGGCAUCUCCCUCUACCCCAUCCAGGGGACGGACCCCCAGCGCUGUGGAGAGACUGGAGGCCGACAAAGCCAAGUAUGUCAAGACGCACCAGGUGAUAGCGCGACGCCAGGAGCCAGCUCUGCGUGGGGGUCCCAGGCCGCUCACCCCGCACCCCUGCAACGAGCUGGGGCCCCCUCCAUCGCCCAGGACGCCCAGACCCGCCCGCCGGGGCAGUGGCAGGCGGCUGCCAAGGCCUGAUUCCCUCAUCUUCUACCGCCAGAAACGGGACUGCAAGGCUUCAGUGAACAAAGAGAACGCCAAGGGUCAGGGGCUGGUGCGUCGCCUCUUCCUGGGCGCCCCCCGAGACGUCGCUUCAAGCAGCCCAGGCUCAACGGAGCGACCCGCGGCUCCUGGGGGUUGGGUCGCACCCCAAGAUGCUCCAGAAGCAGCGGGAAAGCGGGCAUUGUGCCCCACGUGCUCACUGCCCCUGUCGGAGAAGGAGCGCUUCUUCAACUACUGCGGUCUGGAGCGCGCGCUGGUGGAGGUGCUGGGCGCCGAGCGCUUCUCUCCGCAGAGCUGGGGCGCCGACGCCAGCCCCCAGCCCGGAACGUCGCCGCCGCCCGGCUCUGGGGACGCCAGCGACUGGACGUCCAGCGACGGCGGCGCAGAACACCGGGACCGUGCGGAGGGCGAUGGCUCGGAAGCGGCGGGCUCGGCGCGGGACGGGCGCCCCCAGGUGUCGGUGGUGGAGCGCAACGCGCGCGUCAUCCAGUGGCUGUACGGCUGCCAGCGCGCCCGCGGCCCGCCGCGCGAGUCCGAGGUGUGACCGCCGCCGCUCGUGCACAGGCUCUGGUGGAGUCCGGGGUCCGGGGAAGGGCAAGGGGUGAGCGCGGGGCUGGACCCAGGCACGGGCGGGGACACCCUGCCUCUAACGCGCCGGGUGCUUUUGGGCAAACCCUUCCCUUUGGAUCUCGGUUUCCCCUCGUGAACCUUGGGAGGAUGGGACAAAAAGAUCCCGAAGGCCCUUCCCAGCGCAGGCGGCGGACGGGGAGGGGGCGGCCUUGUGGCCCCUGUGGAGGCCGGGAGGCUAGUGAAGACUGGGCGAGUGAAGACUGGGGUGGGAGAUCAGAGAACCUGCUGAAUAAAGUCAAAAAGUUAUUUAAA